AUGGGUCAGAAUUUCUCCCUCGCCACGCCGCGCGCGGGCGGUGCGGGUAUCGAUGUGCCGGAGCUGGCUGACCUCGUUUACGAACGGUCGGUUGGUACUGGCGGGUUUAUGAAGAGUGUUCGGGCGCGACAUCAUGAUGGGGUUGUGUUGGCGAAAGUGCUCAUUAAGCCGUAUCCGAUGUCGUUGGAGAAGUAUAAGGAGGCCGUCAUUCACGAACGACGAGUUUUGACCGACGUACCAAACGCCCUGCCGUACGAACGCGCCGUCGAAACCGAGACGAACGGAUAUCUCGUCCGCCAGUUCCUCUACAAUUCGUUAUACGAUCGACUGAGCACGCGACCGUUUUUGGAAGACAUCGAAAAGAAGUGGCUAGCGUUCCAGCUGCUGUGUGCACUUCGCGACUGUCAUAGCAAGGGCGUCUACCAUGGCGAUGUCAAAACGGAGAACAUACUGGUGACGUCGUGGAACUGGUUAUACCUCUCCGACUUUUCGUCAUCCUUUAAGCGCGUUAUGCUACCGGAAGACAACCCCGGGGAUUUCUCGUAUUUCUUUGACACAUCGGGGAGGAGGACGUGCUACCUGGCACCCGAGAGGUUUCUGCCACCCGGCGAGGAGGCGGACCCGGAUGCGAAGGUGACUUGGGCGAUGGACGUUUUCAGCGCAGGCUGUGUCAUCGCCGAACUAUUUCUUGAGACGCCCAUCUUCAGUUUGAGCCAGUUAUACUCGUACCGCAAAGGCGAGUAUGAUCCGGCCAUCACGCAUCUCAGCAAGAUCCCGGACAAAGACCUACGGGAAAUGAUCGCGCAAAUGAUUCAACUAGACCCGCAAAAGCGAUACUCGGCGGAGCAGUACCUGGACUUUUGGAAGGGGAAGGUUUUCCCCGAGUACUUUUACAGCUUCCUUCACCAGUACAUGGAGCUCAUCACGGAUCUGUCGUCGGCGCACUACGCAGGGGCGUCUACGGCGAGAAUUGUUACGGAGGCGGAUCAGCGCAUCGAGAGAGUAUGGCUGGACUUUGACAAGAUUGCUUAUUUUCUCGGCUACCAGAAUGACGACGCCUCAACCGAUGAGCGGCAGCUGGCUCCGAGGCUUGGGUUGGAGAACUUCCCCGUCCGUCUGAACAUCCCAAACAACGAGCAUCGCGUAUCCGCAGACAAGAAGCCAUCUGCCGAUGACGGAACUCUCAUCUUUCUGACAUUGAUCGUGUCAUCCCUCCGGAAUACCGCGCAUGCCGCCGCUCGGGUCAAGGCUUGCGAUAUCCUACUCGCUUUUGCAGAGCGGUUGACCGACGAGGCGAAGUUGGACCGCGUCUUGCCCUACCUCGUCUCCUUGCUUAAGGACAAGAAUGACAUGGUGUUGGUUUCGGCGAUACGGGCCGUCACGCAGCUGCUAGAUUUGGUCAAGGUCAUCACGCCCGUGAACUCACAGAUCUUUCUCGAUUAUAUCAUGCCGCGCAUGGAGCCGCUGCUGCUUGACGCCCAGAGGACCUUUAAUCCCCUCGUCCGAGCGACGUACGCGUCGUGCCUCGGGAAACUGGCUGUCACAGCAGACCGGUUUCUGGCCAUGGCGGCUACGCUGAGGGCUGAUGGGUCGGCGGCGCUCGCGGAUCCGGAGGUUGAACCGGGAAACGAGGCCGAGGCGGCGUUUGCUGGGCUGUUUGACAAUGCCCGGCGGGAGUUGACGGAGGUCUUUGAGAACCACACCAAGGCUCUGAUUGAAGACUCGGACCCAUUUGUUCGGCGAGCGUUCCUCAGCUCGGUCCCAGACCUCUGCAUCUUUUUCGGAGCAUUCCAGGCGAACGACAUUAUCUUGACGCAUCUUAAUACAUACCUGAACGAUCGGGACUGGAUGUUGAAGUGUGCGUUCUUCGAGACGAUUGUGGGUAUCUCGGCGUUCCUGGGGAGCAACAACGUGGAGAAGUUUAUGCUACCUUUGAUGGUCCAAGCCAUCACUGAUCCCGAAGAGCAUGUUGUUCAUGGGGCGGUACGUUCGCUGGCAGAGUUGGCAGAUCUUGGGCUGCUCACGAAGCAGACGUACCUUGACCUCAUUGGGGUCAUUGGGCGGUUCACCAUGCAUCCGAACCUGUGGAUUCGCGAGUCGGCCACGCAGUUCAUCUCUGCUGGCGGGCGCUUUCUCAGCCCGGCGUAUCUUAGGGUCCAGGUGGUGCCGCAGCUGGUACCGUACCUGAAGCCCCACCGGAUUCCCUCUUUCUCUGAGCUGGAGCUGCUGGACGCACUUCAAAGGCCUCUGUCACGAUCGGUGUUUGACCAAGCGUUGCUAUGGGCAUCCAAGACUGACAGAGGAGAUUUCUGGAAGCCGUUUAAGAAACUGCGCGAUGUGGUCUCCAAGCCUAUGUCUUCCCGGGCGGAUUCUAGUUCUCAGGCGUUGACAAAGGGGGGGAGGAACGAUGAGGACGAGCAAUGGUUAAACAAGCUACGAAACCUAGGGCUUUCGGCGGAAGACGAGCCGAAGUUACUCGCCUUGAGAGAGUUUAUUUGGCGGCUAAGUCAGAUUAAGGCUCGAGACUCGGCCGCUGCGCAAGACACUGGGAACACGGCCGCCCUCAACAGUAUCAUUUCGCUCCGUGAGCUCGGGAUAAAUCCCCUGACUAUAAUUUUCAUUGAGGAAGCAUCGGCCCAGCCGACAAUUACUACCGAGCCCGAUGCGACUGCGCCGCGGACAAUCAAGGACGCUCUUCUCGACGCAUCCAUGUCGAUUGAUGAUCCUGUGGGGAAGAAGAGGCGGGCAGCGUUAAACAAUCACCGGUCUCGGCUGGGCAGUAAGGAUAAUAUAUCGCCCAUGUCAGCAGAAAGCAGACGCCCCUUGGAGGAUGACGCAGUCGGGUCCCCGGUGACAGGCCAGGGAUCCAGGGAUGCUUCUCAGGGACCGGCCGCCGGACGCGGAAAAGCUAGUACCUUAUCGCCCUUGAGCGACGAUGGGUCUGUUCACGACGCUCCAUACGCAACGAGAAGAGGACUGAGACACCAGUCGAGCGCCAUGAACCUUAUGAACCGCAAGGACAGCGCGAAGUCAGUUCCGGAGACGGGUACUACGGAGGCCAACGCGUUUGGGGAGGUCGAAGGGCCAUUCAGCCAAGCUCCAACACCACGGCGAUCGUCACAUCCAGAGGCGGACUCGGCCGUGCUUCACGCGAACACACGGCCACGGGCGAAUCAUACGUACCAGGGUAACGACCCGAAUAUUAUCAAGAUGCUGGAUGAGAUGUAUGUGGACAACUUUCCCCACGAUAUCUACGACUACGGUCCCAUGGUCACACCGCUGGGACGCCAGAAGACGUCCAAAUCAACUGUGUCAUCCGCCAUGUCCCAGCUGGGCGGCGAGUACGCCUGGAAACCGUCAGGCAAGCUCGUUGCGACGUUCUCGGAACAUGUUGGGGCCAUCAACCGCAUCGUGGUAUCCCCGGACCACCAGUUCUUUCUCACAGGCGGUGAUGACGGCACUGUGAAAGUGUGGGAUACGGCACGCCUGGAACGCAACAUCACACACCGGUCACGGCUCACCCACAAGCAUGCUGCGGGCGCGCGCGUGGUGGCCCUCUGUUUCGUCGAGAACACCCACACGUUUAUCAGUUGUGCUAGCGAUGGCACCGUGCACAUCGUUAAGGUCGACACGAUCCUCAGCGGCAACAGCUUUCGGUAUCCGCGCUUGCGGCUGCUGCGCCAGUACCAGCUAGGCGAUGAAGGUGUGGGGGAACACGCCGUGUGGUGCGAGCACUUUAAGCAAGACGGCAACUCGGUGUUAAUUCUGGCGACGAAUAAGUCGGUUAUGCGCGCGAUAGAUUUGAGGACGAUGACGUUGCUAUACAAGUUGGAGAAUCCGGUCCAUCAUGGCACGCCGACGUGCUUCUGUGUGGAUCGUAAGAAGUAUUGGUUGUGUUUGGGUACUUCUCACGGCGUGCUGGAUCUUUGGGACCUGCGGUUCAAAAUGCGUCUUAAGGCUUGGGGUGUCCCUGGAAAGGGGUCUAUCUACCGCUUAGCCAUCCACCCGACUAAGGGUCGCGGGCGGUGGGUGUGUGUGGCGGGCGGGACGGGCCAGGGAGAAGUGACCGUCUGGGACCUGGAACGCACCCUCUGCCGGGAAGUCUACCGCGUUGGCGGCAGCAGCAGCAGCAGCAAUAACAACAAUGGCAGCAACCCGGCUAUCACCUCGUCCUCCACUCAUCAUCGAGACACCCUACCCAAAGGCAGCAACAACAUCACCAGCUACGAGCCCUGGGAAGUCGACGAGGACCGGCCCGAAGGCAUCAUGCUCAACCGCUUCGCGACUGACCUCGAACCGGCCGCCACAGGCAACACCGACCGCGGCGUGCGCGCCAUGGCCGUCGGGACGGGUACCGUCGGUGAGAGCGGUGAGGUGCGCCAUGCCUAUGUCGUUACGGCGGGGGCCGACAAGAAACUCCGCUUCUGGGACCUGUCACGCAUCGAGAAUAGCACCGUGUUCAGCGGCCUGCGUCCGGACGAAGGGAAGCCCACGUUUACCGCUACACAACCGACGCCGUCGAUGUCAUUGAAUAUUGAGCGUUGGCCGAGGCUUGUGGCUGCUGCUGCUGGUAGUGGUAGUGCUGGGAAUGUGGUGAAUGGCGCUGCGGGUGGGAGGGGAAGUAGUGGGAGUAGGAGACCGAGGGCGCCUAAAUCGACGGUGGUCUCACUGGAACAGCAGCAGUUGCUGAGGAGUCACUUGGACGCGGUGGUGGAUGUGGCUGUGCUGGAGUCGCCGUAUGUGAUGACGGUAUCGGUGGAUCGGAGUGGGGUGGUUUUUGUUUUCCAGUGA